GUAGCCGCGAGGGGCCGCGCGGGCGGGACCGAGGGGCUGCGGGAGGUGCCACGGGUCUGAGUUUUUUAAAAAAUGGAGCCUUGUUCCUGUGAUACUUUUGUGGCAUUACCUCCAGCAACUGUUGGUAACAGGAUUAUUUUUGGAAAAAAUUCAGAUAGAUUGUGCGAUGAAGUACAAGAGGUAGUUUAUUUUCCUGCUGCAGUUCAUGAUAACCCGAGAGAACAUCUUCAGUGUACUUACAUAGAAAUUGAUCAAGUUCCUGAAACAUAUGCUGUUGUCCUUAGUCGCCCAGCUUGGUUAUGGGGGGCAGAAAUGGGAGCCAAUGAGCAUGGAGUUUGCAUUGGGAAUGAAGCUGUAUGGGGAAGAGAAGAAGUUUGUGAUGAAGAGGCACUACUGGGCAUGGACCUUGUCAGACUUGGCCUUGAAAGAGCUGAUACAGCUGAAAAAGCCCUCAAUGUCAUUGUUGAUCUAUUAGAAAAAUAUGGCCAGGGUGGAAAUUGUUCAGAGAGUAGGAUGGUAUUUAGCUAUCACAAUAGUUUCCUGAUAGCUGAUAGGAAUGAAGCCUGGAUUCUGGAGACUGCAGGGAAGUACUGGGCUGCAGAAAAAGUACGAGAGGGAGUUCGUAAUAUUUCUAAUCAGCUUUCUAUAACAAUCAAGAUUGAUCGGGAACAUCUAGACAUGAGAAGCUAUGCUAAGCAGAAAGGUUGGUGGGAUGGUAAAAAGGAGUUUGAUUUUGCUGCAACAUACUCUUAUCUUGACACAGCCAAGAUGAUGAUUUCACCAGGCAGAUACUGUGAAGGCUACAAGCUUCUGAAUAAACACAAAGGAAAUAUAACUUUUGAAACAAUGAUGGAAAUUCUCCGAGAUAAACCAAGUGGCAUUAAUAUGGAGGGAGAAUUCCUGACCACUGCAAGCAUGGUUUCUAUUUUACCUCAAGACUCCAGCCUUCCUUGCAUUCACUUCUUUACUGGGACUCCUGAUCCUGAGAGAUCGAUUUUUAAGCCUUUCAUAUUUGUACCAAAUAUUCCACCACUAUUGGAUACCAGUUCACCAACAUUUGAACUUGAAGAUCCAGUUAAAAAGAAGCCACGUUUUCAGUUUAAGCCUGACAGAAGACACCCACUCUACCAAAAACAUCAACAGGCAUUGGAAAUAAUAGAUAAAAAGGAGGAAAAAGCCAAAACCCUGUUGGACAACAUGAAGAAACUGGAGAAAGAACUAUUCAAAGAGAUGGAAUCAAUUCUUCAAAACAAGCAUCUUGAUGUGGAUAAAGUUGUUAAUCUCUUUCCUCAGUGUGCAAAAGAUGAAAUUAGAAUUUAUAAGUCAAACAUUAGUCCUUAGUGGUCAUAUAAAUGGUCAGCAAUCUUCUUCAAAGUCAGAAUCUAUCAUCUUGGUAAAUGAUAUAACCUCAUUUGAGCAGAUCUGAUUAUUCUUUAAUAGCAUUUACGUUAAUGGCCUAUUAGAACUACAGAUAGCCUUGCUGAAGUAUUGAGAAAGAAAAUAACAUUGGAAUUAGGCACGUAUAUCAGGGGAUAGCCAGGAGGUAUUUCAGGUAUUUACUUGUGUGUGUGUUUUUUUUUUUUUUU